AUGAAAGUCAAUUCAAAGGAACUUGGCUAUGUGUCCCCUUCGUGGGAUUCGUCUUUUGAAGGGAUCCUGUAUUGGAAACAAAAAGUAGAUUCGCGAUCAAAGCGUAGUUGUGUUUUUUCUGAACAUUGGUGUCGGAUCAAGGGAAAUAUUUUCGUUCUUUGCCGCUCUUCUGACAGAACGAGCAAUGAAAUCUCAGGUGUGGUACUGUUAGAACGUUUUACUGUGUCGCGUACUAGAGAUGAAGAAAUAUCUUACGCAUUUCGUUUAGAUUUUGAUUCCGGUGACAAACCUCUCAUAUUUACUGCUCGUUCUGAAAAUGAGGUGGAGAAGUGGUGUUAUCACUUUAACAAGGCACAACUGGCACCUAAAUUACGACGUUUCACUUUGCUUCGUGAUGAAAUACGAAGAAUCACAGGAUCUGAUCCACUGGAAGCGGGUUUUUCCAGUAGUUCAGGUACCCCUGCAACUAUCAUUGAUGAAGGUUCAUUGAAUGACGAGGGACUUGAAAUUAUGUUGAAAUGCGUGAAUAUUGGAGAUAUGGUUCGACCCAAUGAACUACCUAAUACUUGUCUAUUUGUUUCUGUAUCAACCUCACUGAAGAAUAAUUGGACUCCAGUCGGAUCAACCGAGAUAAUUGAACGGUCUCGAAAUCCAGUCUUUUCAAAAACCAUAUUUCUACAUCGCAAUUUACUUAAUGAAGAUAAUUUCAUACGAUUUAGUUUAUUCGAUAUUAAAGAUAUGAAAUCAAAUGUUAGUGCUUUACUAGGCGAAACAAGUAUAACAAUAAAACAAUUAUUACGUGGUUCAUCUCUUUUGUUACCAGUAUGUGACGGUUAUUCUACUGUGCCUGUAAAAUAUGAAGGUUUAGAGACUGUUCCAUCAAUUAUUGUACGAUCAAGGAAACAAAAGUCAUUGGAUUCCACAACAGCUAAAAUUGAUGCCAAUUUGCUAUCAUUACGUUCAGUAUGUGAUAAUUUGUUGUCUAAACGAUACCAAUUUCAAGAUUCAUUGGGUGAAACAAUGCAUAUUAUUGAAUUUAUGGGCGAAUCACGGCUAUGUUAUGCUUUCCCGAUAGAAUAUUUAAAGACUUUAAUUAAAUCAGAAUAUUUGUUAUAUGAUUCGUUAUCCCGAGCUGGAUCGUCGAAACCACUUAUUGAAAGCUUGCGAAAAGAGCGACUAAUUAGCAUGAAACAAACAUUAGAACGGUAUGAAGUUAGCCUAAGAAAUUUAGUGGAUUAUUCUGGUCCUCUCUUCAAACCGUCUAAUGAACGUGCUAAUCCUCGUUACGAUUUUGUCCCAACCAAUCUUCAUGUUAAUCAGAUAGCCUUAACAGAUAUAGAUGGCCAACUAGUUUCGUCGCAUAAUAUUAUAUCGGUUGGUGCAUUUUCAUUGGCCUCUGGACGUUAUAAAUCUGGUGGUUUAUUUCGUUUGGCAUUCGAUACGAUGACUACACCAACACUUACAUAUCCACCUUCAGAAUUAUCUUAUUUAAAUAUAUCAUCAGAAUCACCUGUAGCUGCUGCUACAUGUCUUUUAAAUACAAAACCAAUUGGUAAAGCUAUGGAUCUGUUAUAUCGUGGAACACAUUCUAUUGCUGUAUUAAGAUCGGAUUUAGAAGGUCUUAUUCAAAGGUUAAAUGCACCGGGACAAGCUGAACCAUUAGCUCAUCGUAUGCAAAAAGCUAUAUCUUCCAUACAAUGGAUAUUUUCAGACAAAUUAUUAUCUAAAUUAAAUGUUUUACCAGUUGUCUCAUGUGAUUUCGAAGUGAUUAUUGGUUUACUUUCACAACUAUCGUCAAUUGAAAUAAUGAAAUCAACCAGUUCUCAACACGUACAAACCAGUGAUCAUGUAAUAGUUGUAAAUAAAAAGAAAAAUGAAUCACGUGAAAAUUUAAUCAAUUCUCUAGAUAAAGCUGGUCAAAAAUUAUCUUCCACUUUAGAACGUAUAUGGGAUAGUGUAACUUCAGUGUUAUGGGAUCUUGUUUUAUCAGGUCUGGCUGAUUUAUUAAAUCAACAAAAUCUCUCUGUAAACAAAGAAGGCAAUGGUAAUUAUUCUGAUUUAAUUAGUGAAGCAGAACGUAUCGCUUAUCCUAAUAUGUUACCAAUAAAUGAUAAUAUGCUUACGGCUGUAUCAGUUAUUCAAGAUUCAUUCAGUUAUCGACAUCAUGCAUGUGUUUGUCAGCUUUUAACCGCAGUUCUUACGGCAUUAUCAAUGCAUAUACCUCGAUGGGAUCGAAAAGAUUGGGAACAAGCGGCUGUAUGUGGCGUUCUGGCUCAUUUUGAAGGGCUUCUAAGCUGCUAUGGUGAUGAACAAGGAAUGAUUGAGGAUUGGGCAUGGGCAAUUGAUUAUUUGCUGACGUAUCGUGUUACACUUCGUCCAUCUAGUAACUUUUCCGACUCUAUGAUUGAUAUGAACGGAAGAAAUUCCGAAAAUAGUGGCUCAAAUACUUCUGCCUCAAGUUAUGGUGCUUCUGAAAAGUUUCAUCCAGAUUUCAAAGUCACAAGGUUGAACGAAUGUGAGCUUUCUGUUCCUUGGAGAUCAUGGGUUCAUGCUCCAUCAGAAAUUCAAGCUCGUGGUCGUGUACGAAUUCGUUUACAUCCUGUUUCAUUUGUAGUUGGAAUCAAUGAAUUACAAUCAGUUGCUGAAACUUUUGAUAAAACUGGUGUGCAAAUCGCAGUAAACAAUCAUGGCUUAACAUCUUUACGCGCUUAUUUCAAUCGAUAUACAAAACAUUUUGGCGCUCCAGGUCGAACUGUCUCAAAUCAAGAUGUCUGUGAUUUGCUUACAGAUAUUACGCAUCGUCUUAAUCCACCUGUUCAUUCAAAACCAGUUGAAGUAUUACAAUGGGCAUCAGAAAUUACGCAAGCAUUUCAUGGUUUACGAAUAACAACUUGCAAAUCAGCUAAAGAUCGUACAGCUAUGUCUGUUACAUUGGAACAAAUUCAGUGGUUGAAAAGUGAAGGUAUGCAUCGCGAUUGUUUUUAUAAAGCUCUUCAUUGUAUUCGAAGCACUGGUCUACGUUUAGAUAAUGUCAUGAAAAACACUGGUAAACGUAAAUAUGCAUUCAAUCGUCUUCAGUUGUUUUCAUUUCCAAGAUUGUAUAGACCACCGAUGGGAACAUAUUCUACAAAUGUUUCAUCCUAA